AUGGGUCGAAAACCAAACCCCGUGGUUGGGGAAUAUUUCACCCGGGGCCCCAAACUCCCAGAUUCCAGCAACCGAUACCCUCACACCUGCAAGCUGUGUGGUGAAAACUUCCCAAAGGGUCGAGGCGAGGUCCUACACAAACACAUUACAGAAAAGUGCCCAGCCAUUACACCUGAAGAACGCAUCAACGCCGCACUCGGUUUCGCCGGACUUCACUCCGGCUCAUCAGCCCCGCGAUCAAUGAAUCUCCCCCUCAAUCAACUCGACGUCGCCGUCGCCGAAGUCGCCCCCGAAGCACCUGAGAAUUGGUCUGCCCUUCGAACGCUUGCAGAAGCCUCACGACAAGUCGGUGAGAAUGAGAUGGGGGCGCCUUCGGCACUUGGUCGCGACCGAUCCGAGUCCGCUGUUCGACAACUCGGAAUCGGCUUCGAAGUCCAGGAGCAAUUCACCCUCGAGAAUCCGCCAUGCAGUUAUGAGAAUCGGCCUGGUCGUGAGCGGAAGGAUGACCUGACUUUCCCAGAAUCCACCUCGAAUGACAGCACCAACCCUCUCAGCUUCCUCACAACCGAAGAAAAGAUGGAACACUUGCAGGCUGCUACACAGCAUCCCAACGAGUCACCUCUGGAUUCAUCGGAUCUCACCGUCGCCGCCGCCGCGACUGCCCGCCUCACCCAUUCCCUCAUGGACCCUGAAUUGGCUGCUGCCGAGCACAGCGAACCACUUCAAGUCAUCAGCCCUGUAAUGGAAACAGACGAGGUACUCAAGGCAGACGCCGCCGUCUCUGUCGAAGCCCUUUCCGGACACCCUCUGCCUCCGCAACUUCAGCAGUCUCAGCAGUCUCAGCAGUCUCAGCAGUCUCAGCAGUCUCAGCAGUCUCAACAGCCGCAGCAACAACCUCAACAGCCCUGGGGCGAGAUGACUUACAUGACUACGAACCACAUCCCCGCAGUAGCCACUCAUGUGGCCCCAAUCGUACCUCCUCCCAACAGAGGCGGCACCCGUAUGCCAAUCGGCAAUGGAACGCAGAGCGAACACAAGCGCAAGGCCUAUAACCCGCUCCGGCGCAAGGAGGUUCAAGCCGCUCGCAAGAAGGGCGCCUGUAUAAGAUGCCGCAUCCUCCGCAAGACGUGCGGCACCAACGACCCCUGCGACCAAUGCCGAAAGAUCCAAGGUCCGCGUCACUGGACUUACCCCUGCGUUCGUACUCGUCUGAACCAGGAGCUCACCCUCUACUCGGCCGCUUUGAUAGUAGUCCUGGCGCAGACUAGGGUCAAGCACGCCAGACAAAAAUACCAGCUGCUCUCCAAUGGCACCUCCCUCGUCGUCUCCUUGUGGGAAGAUAGCCCGAGUUUGACGCUCGCCGCUCUACUCACACCCCGCCCGCAGCCCCCUCCUGUGACCGAGGGAGAGACGGAGGAGCAGACGAGCCCAGACACAAAGACGGAAUUUCGAGUCGUUAUGAUUGACCAAGAUAAGGAGGACCUCCCUGCCCGCAUGGAGGAGUUCCUAAAGUUGAUUCUACCGACACUCAUCCAGCGCGAGCCCUCCCACUUCAUGCAAGUCGUCUUGGCGGCCGCGCAAAAGUUCCCCGACAACAAGACGACAGGCAAGAACCUGAAGCUCGCCAUUGAGCUCUGGGGUCUCAUUGAGAUUCUUGACCGCGAGCGGGGCUGGUGCAUAUCCGAAGAACGCCAAGGCGUGGUCGUGCCCAUUGGCCCCGAAGAGUUUGCCGGCAACGACGACCAGGACAUUUACAACCUCAUCACCUUCCAGCUGUCCGCCGCCACGGAGCGCAAGGCCAACAACGUCUCGAACAAGCUCAUCAGCGAGCUCCAGCGCUGCUUGGAAAACGGCAAGGCCAAGAUCAACUUUGACGUCUACCUCUCAAUCCUCAUCCUCCUUCACUGCCUGGAAAAGACCACCUGGACCUUCAAGGUGUGGGAGAUGGACGACUUCCGCCAGCGCUGGCCCCUCGAUCGCCCUCCCACCAUGUACGUCAACCAGGGCCGGGACAUUGCCGACCUUUUGAAGAUGCUCCUUACACUUCGAAAGUCUCACCCCAAGACAUUCCGCACCCUCGAUGGCCGGUUGAGUGUAGUCGACCUCGGCGAAUCGGACUUUGACAUGAUGGCCGAGUUCUUUCAUGCCCUGAACCUCGAGUACGACGACGUUAUCAGCAAGCUCGAGAACUGCGCCUUCAGCCCAGAGACCUCACGCUCCCUCGAACUGCACUUUUGCAGCCACGUCCUGCUCCCACCAAAGGAGGGCGACCACGGACACCACCAUGCCGUCACAGCCUCCAGCUCUGGCCACAGCACACCUCCGCCUCCCCACCCUCAUGCCCCGCCUCACCCUUCAGCCGUCCCCGUGGCUUCAGCCUCCCCUGUUCCCGUCUCCGACACCGCUAUGACGGGGGCAUCUCCUGACCCUGCUCCUACUCCCGCCGAGUCGCUGCCGACUGAUCUGCCCUAG